GGAUUUGGCGCCAGAUUUCGUUGUGAAUCAACAGCGGGCCGAAAGGGAAGAGAAUGGGUCCGGAGAGCGAGGCUGGAAGCCAGCCUGAACAGCAGGAUGGUGCUGACUCUUGUGGCUUGGCAGCAACACGCUCAAAACGUAAUCGCAAAGAUAAAGGAGGACGGGUAGCAGCACUAGAACGCCUGAAAAAGGCCAAGGCUGGCGAGAAAAUAAAAUACGAGGUUGAAAAGAUUUCAAAUGUCUAUGAGGAACUUGAUGAAAAUCAGUACUCCAAACUUGUGUGUGAACGCCAGGAUGAUGACUGGAUAGUUGAUGAUGAUGGGAUUGGUUAUGUGGAAGAUGGUCGAGAAAUUUUUGAUGAUGAUUUGGAGGAAGAUGUAUUUGAUGCAAAAAGCAAAGGCAAAGGAAGGUCCAGUGCAAAUAAAGAGAAGAAAAAUGUGAGGAAUAUGAUGGUUUCAAAGCCCAACAGCAUCAAAUCUAUGUUUUUGGCCAGCACGACCAAGAAAAAAACUGAGAAAGAUGUUGAUCUGUCCAAGGAUGAUUUACUGGGAGAUAUUCUUCAGGAUCUUCAUGCAGAGACAUCUUCGCUACCUGUGCCGCCACCUGCAGUAGUUAUGAAGAGGAGGAAGCCCGCUGGAGUAUCAGCUAAUCCAUUUUCUAUCAAACCACCCACCCUGAAGGUUUCUCCAGUCCUUGGUUCUAAUCACCAGAACAAUUCUGUAAGGAAAACAGUCGUUACUAAAGAAGUGGCCAGCGUUGUGGAUUCAUCCCAGCAUGUUCCUGUGAGUUCCUCAAUCAAACAGAUGACUGUGAAGCAAGAAGGAAAGAGGGUGGAAUCGGUAGACAAAGGGAACUGUCUGGAGACUGUGAUUGUAAAAGAUGAGAAACUUGCUGAAGAUGACCCCUACGCAAUGGAGUUUAAUGAGGGAGACUUUGAUGAACCCAUGGAAACUGAAUCUGUCUCCACUGUGGAAAUGAAACCUGAAAAAAAUAUCAAAGUAGAGGAACCAGAGGAGGAAGAUAAACCAUUCGUAAACUCUACCUUCACUGAAUCUUCUUGCUGGGAUCGUAUGGACCAAGAUGAAAGUAAUUCUGUGGUUGAGGUGCAGGUAGAUGCAGGUCGUUUGCCAUUAGUAACUGGUUCAGAAGGAGAGCAGGUAUUCAGAUUCUACUGGGUGGAUGCUUAUGAAGACCAGUAUCAUCAACCAGGAGUCGUAUAUCUCUUUGGCAAAGUGUGGAUUGAAUCAGCAAAGACACAUGUCAGCUGCUGCGUGGCUGUGAGAAACAUUGAGCGCACAAUAUACCUGUUGCCACGGGAAACGCGCAUAAAUCUGAAAAGUGGCGAGGAUACAGAGACACCUAUAACAAUGCUGGAUGUUUAUCAGGAAUUCAGUGAGGCGAUUUCUGAAAAAUACAAAAUAAUGAAGUUCAAAUCAAAGAAAGCGGAGAGAAAGUAUGCUUUUGAAAUUCCAGAUGUUCCUGAAAAUUGUGAAUACCUAGAAAUCAAAUACGCAGCUGACCUACCUCAACUUCCUUCUGACUUAAAAGGGGAAACCUUUUCUCAAGUGUUUGGUACCAAUACAUCCAGUCUUGAACUUCUGCUCCUGAACAGGAAGAUCAAGGGACCAGGUUGGCUGGAACUCAAGGCUCCACAGCUUCCCAACAAACCCAUGAGUUGGUGCAAAGUGGAGGCUGUUGCACUAAAACUUGACCAUGUGACUGUAGUAAAAGAUAUUCCUCCUCCUCCUCUUGUCAUUAUGUCAGUCAGCAUGAAGACUGUGCAGAACUCGAAGACUCAUCAGAAUGAGAUUGUGGCCUUGGCAGCUUUAGUUCACCACAAAUUCCCUCUGGACAGAGCUGCUCCCCAGCCUCCGUUCCAGGCCCAUUUCUGUGUCAUCAGCAAGCCCAGUGAUUGUAUCUUUCCUUACGAUUUCCGGGAGGCAUUGACGAGAAAAAAUGCAAAAGUUGAGGUUGCUGCUACCGAAAGGACUCUCUUAGGUUAUUUUCUGGCAAAGAUUCACAAGAUUGACCCUGAUGUUCUUGUGGGCCAUGAUAUUUAUGGAUUUGAUCUUGAUGUUCUGCUACAAAGAAUUAAUGUCUGCAAAGUUCCUCACUGGUCGAAAAUUGGUCGGUUAAGGAGAUCGGCUAUGCCUAAACUUGGGGGUCGUGGUGGAUUUGUGGAAAAGAAUGCAGCUUGUGGUAGGCUGAUUUGUGAUGUUGAAAUUUCUGCCAAAGAGUUGAUCCGAUGCAAGAGCUACAAUUUAACUGAGCUGGUUCAUCAGGUCCUCAAAACAGAGAGGGUGACUAUUCCAGCUGAAAACAUCUGUAAUCUUUAUAAUAACUCUCCUCAUCUCAUGCACCUACUUGAGAAUACGUGGAUGGAUGCAAAAUUUAUUCUGCAGAUCAUGUGUGAACUGAAUGUUCUUCCUUUAGCGUUGCAAACAACCAGCAUUGCUGGAAAUGUCAUGUCACGAACGCUGAUGGGCGGCCGUUCUGAGAGAAAUGAAUAUUUGCUGCUGCAUGCUUUCCAUGAAAGAAACUACAUUGUACCUGACAAACCUUCUUUCAAGAAGCAUGUGCAAGAGUCUAUAGAUGAUGAUGAGGAAUAUGCUGAUGGAGGAGGUGGAAGUGCAGGGAAAACGAAGAAAGGUCGAAAAAAAGCAGCAUAUGCUGGUGGUUUAGUCUUGGAACCCAAAGUUGGUUUCUACGAUAAGUUCAUACUGCUGCUUGACUUCAAUAGUUUGUACCCUUCAAUCAUUCAGGAAUUCAAUAUUUGUUUCACCACUGUAGAGAGAACUGCUGCAAAUUUUCAAAAAAAUCUGGAGGGUGCUGAAAUAGAAGAAAUUCCUGAAGUACCAGAUCAAAAUCAGGAGAUGGGUAUUUUGCCCAAGGAAAUCCGGAAACUGGUGGAGAGGCGACGCCAAGUCAAACAGCUGAUGAAGCAAGCAGAUUUAAACCCUGAUCUCUAUUUGCAGUAUGACAUCAGACAAAAGGCCCUGAAGCUUACAGCUAAUAGUAUGUAUGGCUGUCUGGGAUUCUCCUACAGUAGGUUCUAUGCCAAGCCACUUGCUGCUUUGGUCACUCUCAAAGGAAGAGAGAUUCUUAUGCAUACCAAGGAGAUGGUCCAGAAGAUGAACCUUGAAGUUAUUUAUGGAGACACUGAUUCCAUCAUGAUAAAUACCAACAGUACAAACCUGGAGGAGGUCUUCAAACUAGGAAACAAGGUCAAGAGUGAAGUAAACAAGCAGUACAAACUCCUAGAGCUAGACAUCGAUGGUGUGUUUAAGUCGCUGCUGCUGCUGAAGAAGAAGAAAUACGCUGCCCUCGUCAUAGAACCAACUGCAGAUGGACGUUACGUUACCAAACAGGAAUUAAAGGGACUGGAUAUUGUUAGGCGAGAUUGGUGUGGCCUGGCAAAGGAAAUUGGAAACUAUGUUAUCAGUCAGAUUCUGUCUGAUCAGCCUCGGGACACAAUAGUGGAGAAUAUACAGAAUAAACUAACUGAGAUCCAGGAGAGUGUUGUGAAUGGCAGUGUAUCUCAGAGUCAAUUUGAAAUUAACAAGGCUUUGACAAAGGAUCCCCAAGACUACCCAGACAAAAAAAGCUUGCCUCAUGUCCAUGUUGCCAUGUGGAUAAAUUCCCAAGGUGGACGGAAAAUGAAAGUUGGAGACACAAUCUCCUACAUCAUUUGUCAAGACGGCUCAAACCUGAGUGCCAGCCAGCGAGCCUAUGCACCAGAGCAGCUGCAGAAACAGGAGAACCUGACCAUUGACACACAGUACUACCUCUCCCAGCAAGUGCACCCUGUUGUGGCUCGAAUCUGCGAACCUAUUGAUGGGAUAGACUCUGCACUGAUUGCUACCUUGUUGGGUCUGGAUCCAUCCCAGUUUCGCAUUCAUCACCACUGUCUUAAAGAUGAAGAAAAUGAUGCUCUGUUGGGUGGCCCAACCCAGCUUACUGAUGAAGAAAAAUACCGUGAUGCAGAAAGGUUCAAGUUCAUGUGUCCAGAAUGUGGAACAGAAAACAUUUAUGAUAAUGUAUUUGAUGGAAGUGGGCUGCAGAUCCAACCCAGUUUGCUUCACUGCAGUAAUAUUGAUUGUGAGGCGUUACCGAUUCGAUAUGAAGUGCAGAUGUGUAACAAGCUAACUUUGGACAUCAGACGGCAUGUCAAAAGAUACUACAGUGGAUGGCUUGUUUGUGAAGAGCAAACUUGCCAGAAUCGUAUUCGUCACCUUCCACUGAAUUUCUCGCGAAAUGGUCCAAUCUGCCAAGCUUGUACAAAGGCUACACUUAAGCAAGAGUAUCCUGAUAAGGCCUUGUACACCCAACUAUGUUAUUACCGCUACAUAUUUGACUGGGAUUAUGCACUGGAAAAGGUUCUGUCUGGGCAGGAUAAAGAAUUUGUGAAGAAUCGCUUUGGGACUAAAGAUAAGGAUUACUGUUUUGUGUUUAAGAGCCUAAAGGGAGUUGUCGAUGACGCACUGGCUUCCAGCAGCUACUCUGAGGUGAACCUCAGCAAACUCUUCCAGGCAUUUAGUGCAAUCAAUAAAUGAAGGAGAUACUGUCGCCUCACUUUUUUUUUGAGGCUAGAUUGGCUAUAUUGUGGCUGGCAGAACAAUAGCAAAAUUGUUAUAAUUAAUGCUUUUUGGGAUUUGUGAAGCUGUCUGCAGCGAGAUUGCUCUUUAAAUCUGAUGCACAAAGAUGUGAAUAGUCUUGGAAUUUGACCCAGGCUUCUUGGUGGAGGAAGUUAGGAGUACAAACAUAUUAGAAAAGGGCUCAACGCUGUUAUUACGUGGACUCGUUAAUGUUUUUGUUGUCAUCUACUUUUCUAUCAAAACAUCAAUUAAACCUAUAAAGAGAUGAAAGCCGUUUAUUAAAAGCUGGCUGGGGAGGGAGUGUUAGGAUUGAAGGUAGUUUUUUUAAAGAGUGAUCUGUGGAGCCGCGGACUAGGAAAUGAGAAUGGUUGGGAUCACUGUGGAGUACACUUACUGGAGAGUGGAACAAUAGGUCUCAUUUACCAAAAUCUGAACAAUCUAUUGAAGUAACUGAAGUACGUUGGAUUGGAGAACUAACAGACAAACACAACUGGUUUUUAAAUAGGCAGCUGACGAUGAAUGAAGCAAGUACAGCAAUGUUUGGCCAAGUCACUUCAAACUUCAGUGCUCUCCAAAAUUUCUAUGUGUUCUUGGUAUCUUUUGUUUAAAAAAAGAUGAUAUCCAUACUUUUUUUAUAUAAGAAAACUUUUUACACGUACAUUGCUAGCAUAUUUUGAAUAAAAUUAACUCUACAUUGUUUCUGAAACUGUUUGUGCCAUAUGAUUAUUGUUUAAAUAAAUGACCAUUGUUUCUGGUUUAAAAA